CUUCCAAAUCCUUUGCAAAAUUUGUACGAGGUUGGAAAACAAUCGGCUACGGCAGGUCCUGAAAAUGCCUGGCGUAUAUACGACGCGUACACGAAAGCGGAUCGAAAGGAAGUUUCGAUAUUUUUCUUCGAUAAAAGAUCGGUCGAGAAGCUAUACAAGCCGAAGCGAAAGGAAACCGUCACGGAGAUUUUACGAAACGGCGCCCGGCAAAUGGAACGAUUCUCUCAUCCGAAGAUACUACAGGCAUACAAAGUGGAAGAGUGCGCGGAUAGUUUGGCGUUCGCCUCAGAGCCAGUUCUGGCUAGCCUCGCCAACGUUUUGGCCUACCAGGAACAACUAGCGAAUAAUCUCGGCCAAACGUCCCCUAACGUAACUAAACAAACUUCCUCGACUACCAGUCAUCACCGUACCUCUUACGCCAAGCAAUACGAGUUACUUGACAUCGAGAUCAAGUAUGGAUUGUUGCAGAUCACCGAGGCGCUCUUGUUCCUUCACGGACCCCACAAAAUUCUUCACAGAAACGUUUGCCCCGCGAGCAUUAUAAUCACCAAGAGAGGCACUUGGAAAUUAUCAGGGCUGGAGUUUAUCGAAAAAACGAACGAGAUGCCGAUAUCGUUGCAACCGUGGACAAAUCGUAUGCCGAAAAUGACGCAGCCAAAUCUCGAUUAUAUUGCUCCGGAAGUGCAACAAAAGAAAGUUGGAGGGUUUUACAGCGAUAUGUACAGCUUCGGUAUGACGAUGUGUGCGAUUUUCAAUCAAGGACGUCCGUUAAUUCAAGCGAAUCACAGUUGCUCCGAGUAUCUGAAACAACUAGAAAACCUCGAGGAACAAGUCGGUGUGAUGCUACCUCUAAUUCCGCUGCCGCUUCGAGAAGCUGUUUCUCGACUUUUACACCUUGAUCCAGAAAAGAGGCCGACCGUCCAAGUGUUAUCCAUGAUUAAAUAUUUCCAUGAUCCACCGGUGUUCGCGCUUCAAUUUCUCGACGUUAGUAAGAUGAAGGACGUGCUGCAGAAGGAGCAUUUCUAUACGACCACUUUAAAAGGGAUACUGCCUUACAUACCAAAGAAACUUUGGUAUCAGCAUAUUUGGACGUAUUUGCAAAACGAAUUGGAGAGCCAAGAAAUUCAAUCGGCUGUGUUGCAGCCGGUUCUGUACAUCGUACAAAACAGUACACAAGAGGAGUACGACCAAAUCGUGUUUCCGUCGUUGCGCUUGCUUUUCUCGAAUCGUCGAUCGAUUCACGGGACGGUCACGCUGCUGGAAAACUUGCAUUUAAUACUGAAGAAAACAUCGCGGGAAUACGUGGAGAGCGAGAUUCUUCCGAUGUUGUACACGUCCUUUGAAAAUUCCACCACUCAAGUCCAGACCGCAGCGUUUGUAGCUGUAUCGAACGUGACGGAAUACAUCGACGACGAAGCCGUGCGAAAUAUCGUGCUGCCGAAACUGCUUCAAGCGUUUGAAAAGAAUUCGGUAGAUUCCCGUGUGUUGAUGAACGUGAUCCCCUAUAUUUUAAAUCGGCUGGAAAAGCAGAAAAUCGUCGACUGUAUCUUACCGUUGCUAUCCAAUGUGAAACUACAAGAACCGGAGAUGAUCGUUCGUGUCGUACAGAUUUACAGAUUGAUGCUAACGGACAAGAAGUACGGACUCACCGUCAGCUGGAUGGCGACUCGAGCGAUGCCGUCUCUGCUACCUCAAACAAUCAAUACAGCACUCAAUCUCGAACAAUUCGAGAUACUUCUCAAGGUAUUACAAGAUAUGCUGAACUACAUCGAAAGGAAUCAGAGGAAUCAAUUGACGUUGGACAAUUGGUCGCUAUCGAGUCCGGAACGAUACCGAAGCUUACGGCAUCAACGUAGUACGGAUAGUAUGUGCGUACCAGCCUUCAAUAUACCGAAUUUACGCGUCGAGCAGCGUAAAACAUCCUCGGCUGAAGAUAUGGCUAGAAAGAACAGCAUAAGUCCGAUGUCAACUACGGCAUCGGCCGAAAACAUGGCGAGGAAUAACUCGAUGACGGCGAUGUUCAGAUGGUUCUCGUCCUCGAACAACGACAACAGCAAUUUCCUGAAAGUGGCCAACACCUUCACGAGUCGACGAUUAUCGGACAAUACUCUGAUGACACCGAAGAUACGGAUAGCACCGUCCUGCGAAAGUUCGCCCGGUGUGACACCUGGCGAUGGAUUACCGAUUCGACGUCACUCAAGCACCGGUCCGCAGGACCGACGAGGAUCCAGCAUCAAUUUAUCACCGCCAUUGGUAUCGUAUCCCCUUUCUUUCCGACGUGGUGGGAAUAGCUUACGAGGCCCGAGGCGUCCCUCCGUUUCUUCGACGUCCUCCCAGCAGGGCACCGGGUUGCUGCAGCAGGUUGGCUUCAGCAUGGUAAGACAACAACCUCCCAUCUGCCUCAACCUCAAUGGACCACCACAACCACCACAACCACCAACACUUUCUCCAUUACUCCAGCUACCGGGACAGUCUUCCCACUGACCCUCCGUUACAGCCUAAGCAUUCGCUGCCAUGUGCAUGUGUAUCCGAUGAUUUUUCAAAGACCAACCAACCAACCAACCAACCAACCAAC